UAAAUCAAUAAAAAUAUUUAUUUUCACAUUUAUUCAUCAGUCAUAAAUUAAUUCCUUAAAACAAUUUACUAAGUUUCAAGUUUUAUUGUUUUACUAGUAAAUAGCAAACAAAAUGUCUUGGGUAAAAGAGAAUUGUUUAUCGUUUUUUCAACUUUUUUGCAUCAAAGUUGUGAAAACUGGUAGAAUACCACAACAUUUAGCAUUAAUUAUGGACGGGAAUCGCCGCUACGCCAAAAAGCUCAGCGUAGAUAGCACUGAAGGUCACAACAAAGGAUUUGAUAAACUUUCUGAAGUUUUAAAGUGGUGCCUAGACCUUGGCAUUCCUGAAGUGACAGUCUAUGCAUUUAGCAUUGAAAACUUUAAACGAAACCAAGAAGAAGUGGAUGCUCUAAUGGAGUUAGCAAGUGACAAGUUUAAACGGCUUUUGGAUGAAAUUGAUCAAAUAAACGAAUGGGGAGUUCGGGUGCAAGUAGCUGGGCGGCUGUCUCUACUUCCUGUAGAACUGCAAGCUCUGGUAUCCAAGUCAAUGCUCGCCACAAGACAAAAUAACAAACUCCAGCUUAACAUAGCCUAUAGUUAUACAGGUCGCGACGAAAUUAGCAGAGCUGCAUCAUAUAUUAUAGACGGCGUCAAAAAUGAAGAAUUGAAGGCUGAUGACAUUGACGAACAACUGAUUUCACAGACCCUGGAUCUCAGAGAACCAGAGCUACUAGUCAGGACGUCUGGUGAAGUUAGACUUUCAGAUUUUAUGUUAUGGCAGAUUUCCAAGACAGUUCUCUAUUUUACCGAUGUAUUGUGGCCGGAGUUUACAAUAUGGAACCUAUUAGCUGCUAUAAUACACUUCCAGAGACAUGCCCCAGCAGUACUUCAAGAAAAUGGAAACACUCCAGCACAGCAAGAUUUUAUGGAAAAAUUUGAAUCAAGAAAGUGGCAAAAAUUAGAGAAAAUUGUUGGCUGUUGAUAAUAAACAUGGUUCCAGAAAAAGAUAUACUAUAAGAAUAAAUUUAACAUAAAUAUAACUUAUAUCCUAUGCUCAGCUUCCUAUGUUAAAUUUUAAGGAAAUUGGAUGUAUAUUAUGUACGUAAUAUGAAAUUUAAAAAGUAUUGUUGUAGU